GCGGUUGUCCGACUUCCUCUCGUGGGUCGGGAGACGAUGGCCAUGGGCAAUGAGGUUCCGGACCGGAUCAUCAGACGGCACGACAGUGGGAUCGUCGUGAUGUAGGAGCGGGCCCUAUGGUGCCGCUCGUAGUGCGGUGUACAGCUGGAGAGCAAGUAGCGCUCGCAUCCAGAUUCUUUCUCCCUCCCUACAUCGUCGUCACCACCCUUGCUCAACCAAAACACGCCCCAGAUUAGACUGCAGGAUUGUAACUAUCGUGAGAUGCAGGCGGAAAUAUGAGCAUGAUACUGACGACCACGAUUUGACGUUGCGUCAGCAGCGCCAUGAGAAUUGCACGCCAGCUAAAUUUGUCCGCCAGUCUGAUUGUCCUCACCGCCUUCGGUCUGGUCAAUGCUGCUCCUCAUGACGAGGCAAUGGCGGCGAUGUCCGAGUACCAGGCCGGCCUUGGCACACGAAAGUUUGAUCCAAAUCGCUCGAGGCAAGCUCUGCACUAUCUGCGGCACUCCUCCUCUGACGCGCGACUGUUGCCGCUGCCUUGGUGACUGCUCAGAGCGAGGAGAGGUUACAGCUGCCUUGUGAUGAGAGCCAGCCAUGAUGGGGACCAUUUGCGCUCCUCUCGUCUCGUCACACUUUUUGGCCGCAUCUAAUCACCAUGUCUCACUCCAGAGUAGUCCAAGCCCAUCUCGCGAGUGAUCAAGCAGCAGUCAAAAGCGUCUCGCUCUCGCAGCUGGGCAAAGAGGC